AUGAAAAAAAUAAUCUAAACCACAUCUUCCACUUUACUUCCUAAGCGGAGUUUGACAAAGGCUAAAACAUAAAAUUAAUUUGAAGAAACUGAUCCAGCCUAACGAGGUAAUCAAUGAUAUCAGUAUCAAGACAGAAAAAUUAUUCGGAUGAGGAAUGUAGUUGAUUUAGGUGAUGCAUAAGAUGAUUAAAAAAAGAAUUUAAAAAAAAAUGGUAAUGGUAUCACAUAUAUUAAUAUUUUAUUAGAUAAUGAAAUUGAUCCAUUAUUAGAAUAAUUAGAUUAAUGGCAUGAAAAUAUUAUCUCAAAAAAAAAGACUUAUGCUUUCGAAUAAGUUAAAUAAAAUGAUAAUCAUAAAGUUAUUGAACAUGAAUUCAAUCUUGAUAAUGGUCCAUAGAUCAAUUAAAAUAUUAUUAAUCAAAUAAUGAAACCUAUUGAAAAAUAAUUUUAUAAAAAUGAUGAAACAAAUCAAGAUGUUUAAGUGAAAUUCUAAAUGCUUAGACCAAAUAAAGAAUCAGGUAAUAAUGUACUUAAAACUUUGGAUUAAGUUAGAAUUGAAAUGAAUAAACAAAUUCUAAAUAGUUUAUUAUUAUAAAAAGUUAAAAAAAAGUUAGAUAAAAUGAAUAUUAAUCGAAAGCAUAAAUCAAAUUGGAAUAUAUAAAAAUUAGAUGAAGAAACUACAUAAAUAUUUAGAGAUUAAUCUCAUGCUCUUAAAUAAAAAACACUCAAUAAUUUUAAAGGAAUAACUGAAUAUUUUAGUAAUCCUGCAUAAUACAUAGAUUAUGAUAUUGUGUUAACUAGAGCUAAACAUUAUUCAAAUAGACCACCAACUUCAUUUCCAACAACUCAUAUUCCAUAGUAAUAAUAGACAUCAUCUUCAGCAAAAUAACUAAUGGAGAGUUAUUAAUUAUUACAAACAUAAAUAAAAGAACAUAAAAAUAUAAUAUUUUAAAUGAGAAUUGAUAAUAAUUAAUUAGUUUAAGAUUAGAAUCAUUUGGAAGAAGAGGUAUCAGAUAUAAGACGUAAAUUUUUUAUUAAGGAAGAAAGAGCAAGAUAAGGAUGGAUUCCUGAUUAAUAGUAAGUAUAGGGUGAAGUUGUACCUAAUAAUAAAAAAACAUUGAUGGGUACUAUUGAAAAAAUAAGAUUUCAAAGGGAUUAAGAGAUUAAAUAAAGAAUAAGAGAAAUAUAGUCAUUGAAAUAAUAAAUGUAAUAAAAUAGUGAAAAAUAAUAAUAAAUAUAAAAAGAAUUAGAUGAUAUGAGAUAGAAAAAGAGAAGAUGUAAGAUGCUUUUAAAAGAUAUUUUUUUGAAGUAAUUUUAAGAGUCAAAUAAUUAAUCAGUUCCUGAAGGUUUAAUAAGUAUAAUAAAGAAUAUGAGAAAAAUAAAUGAAGGUGUGAAAUUAGAAUAUUUUCCAAAAUAUCUUGAUGAAAAAUCAAAAUAAUAUUUACUUUAGGCUUCCCAAUUAGAGAUGGAUAUAGAAGAAACAAGAAUGUUAACUUAGAAAUAUAAUUCUUAAUAGAUAUUAUAACAUUCAAGUUUAGCCAAACAGACAAUUUCAUCAUAAAGAUAAUAGGUGAGUGUAUCAUAGAUAAAGAAUCAAGUGAAAUUAAUGUUAAAGAAGAGUAAAGUAUCUAUAAAAAAGCCUGUAUUUGUAUAAGGGAUAGAUCCUUUGAAUCCAUCAUCGUUUGCUCAUGUAAUAAAGUGGGAACAUUAAGAAUUGGAACCUUAAUAAUUAAUAGAACCAGCGGAGAAUAAUUUUAAAUCUUAAAAUAAUUCUUCUGAGGGAAAUAAUGUGAUAAAAGAUUAUAAUUAAAAAUUAGUAUAAUUGCAAUAGUAAUUGGAGAGUUUAACAAAUGAGGAAUGUUAACGACUAUUAAAAUAAUAUUAAAAUAAGAAAUUGUUAUCAGAUGUAUAAGAAUUAAAGAUGGUAUUGUAUGCUUUGUUUGGAUAAACAUAAGGUGAUUAAUAAUGGAUUCCAUUUGUUUUAGAUUGGACAGAAUAGAAAUAAUUAAAUCCUUAAUAGAUUUUCUAGAAUGAUGAGAAAUAGAGAUAAAGUAAUUCUUAAAGAGAUUAACAUACUCUUCCAGACAUAAUGAAAACAAGAGUAUCAGAAACAUUCAGAAAAUUAACAGAAGUGGCAAAUGUGGAUUAUAAUUUUGAUAUAUAUUAUUGAAAUGUCUUAGAAAUUUUACACUCUUAUUGCAUUUGCAUGUGUAAACAUAGUUUGCAGUUCCUUCAUAGUAUUCACAUAUUUAGCAUGGAAGGCUGGUCGAAAAUCUCCAGGAGAUAUAGUAUUUGCAUUAGGACUAUGUUAAUUAAGUACUUCAAUAUAUUGGAUGAUGUCAAGUCCAGAUGUCAAUAGUCCUAGCAAUCCUGAUACUAAUUUAAAUGAAACAUCUUAUUGUAGAUGGGUCGAUUUUACAUAGAAUAUAGGAUUCUUAGGUUAAUUUAUAUACAAUUUUGCAUAUUGUUUCACAAUGAGGUAAUCGUUGUUGAAGUUAUUUUAGAUAAGAGAUAACAAAUGUUUUAAAAACAAAUGCAAAGUUUAAAAUGUUACUUCAUUCUUUUUGUUUAGUAUUUACUCUAUGUAUAUCAUUGAUUUUGUUUGCAUUUCAACCAGAAAUAUAACAUAGAGCAACUUAGAAGAUAGUAGAUAAAUGCAUUAAUAUAAUCAUAUUAGAAAGGAACUAUUUGCCUUUAGCUCUUUAUGUGUUCGAAUUUGUUUAUAUCAUAUCAGCACUUUAUACGAUAUGGUACUUCUAUCAGAAUUUACCAAAUGAUGAUACAUUUAGAAACAACAAAAAGUCUUCGCUAAUCAGAUACGUCAUGUAUAUCAUUUCAACCAUAAUUCUAUCUCUAUUUACUUUACUGAGUACUUUCAUAUAGACGAGUGAACAUCCAUCAUAUUAACCAGCAAAUUUAGAGAAUGUUAUGUUAAUAUCUACAUGUUCAUUUUAUACAUUAGGAUCAGGAAUACUUUGUUAUUAAAGAGUUAAGAAUCCAGCUUUAUUACGUAAGAUAGUUAAUAUGGUUCAUAAAGCAUUCUAUCCAUAACCUAAAAAAGAAGUAGAAAUUGUUGAUGUUGAUACACAAUUUGUUGAAGUUCAGAAAUUCAUCAGAAUGUUUUAAAUAAGAAGUGUUUUAGCUGGUAUUAUCUAAUAUUUCAACAAUAUGACCGAAUAUUUAGAUGAGAAUAUUGAAGAAUCACAAAUAGAUGUUGUUGGAAACUCAUAAUGGUUGAUUUAAGCUAGAACUACUGAAGAUUAUGAUGUUUCACUGAAAUCUCCUCUUACAAGAGAAACAUUAAGUGAUGAAUAAAUUGCUAUUGCAAGAACUCUUGAAAAAUAUAGACUCAAUAAUUCAGCACUUAAUAAAGAAUUUAGUUUUUAUGUUAAAGAAACAUAAUAUACUAAAGGAAAGAAUCCUAAAAUGUUUGCUUUGGCACCUAAAUAUUUUUAUUAUGUAAUUUAUAAUAUAUAUAUGUAAAUAGUUAUUUAAAUUUGAUAAUUUAGAUAUUGAUGCUCAUGAUUCUUUUUCAUUAGAAAAGAAUGCUGAAUUGAUUGAAAAUAUGAUUAAUGUAGAUGGUGGUAAAUCUGGAGAGUUCUUUUUCUUUAGUUAUGAUAAUAAAUGGAUCUUAAAAACAAUCACUGAUAGAGAAUUGAAUAGUUUUAGAUAAAGAAUGCCAGAAUAUUUUCAUCAUAUGAGUGAAUAUAAGGAUUCACUUAUUAAUAAGAUUUAUGGAAUCUUUUCCUAUGAUAUGAAUUAUAUUUCAUCUAGUUGUGGUAUAAUAUAUCAUAUGGUAUUGAUGAAAAAUAUAUCUUAAGUACCUCGUCCCUAUAUAAAGAGAACUUUUGAUUUAAAAGGUAGUGAAGUUGCUAGAGAAGCUUUAAAAGGUAAACCGAAAGAUUUUGAUCUUUCUAAAAUAACAUUAAAAGAUGUAGAUUUUGAUGCAUAAGAGAAAUGGGUUAAAAUUGAGUAAUCUUAAAGUGAUUUUGUAAAAUAACAAUUAAUAAAAGAUGCUGAGUUUUUUAAAAAGACGUAUUUAUUAGAUUAUUCACUUUUAAUAAUGAAAAUAGAUUGGGGAGAAUAUUAAAGAAAUGUAGAUGGAUUAGUUGAGAUACCUUAAAAUGUAUUUCCUUCAUCAGAAGAUUAAAAUGUCUAUUAUCAUAUAGCAAUAAUUGACUAUCUUUAGGAAUGGAAUUUAUCCAAAAUGGCAGAGAAAGCAUCUAAAUAAUUAUUGGCAAUGAAUUCUAAAUUAAAUGUUUCUGCUCAAACUCCAGAAAUUUAUGCUUCCAGAUUUAUAGAUAACUUAGUAAACAAGAUCUUUAGAUGA